CAGGGAGAGGAUCGGUGAGGAAGAUGGACCGUGUUUACUAUGUGUCCGUUCUUGUGUGUCUUCUGGCAACGGCCGCCGCGGCUAAUACCGAAUGCUCCACGAUGUCCAACACCACUUGUGAAACUUGUCUGAAGAAUGUUUCGUGUCUGUGGUGUCACACUAACGGCAGAUGUCUAGAUUAUCCUGCAAAAAACAUCCUGCCUCCCUCAUCACUGUGUAAACUGAGCGAUGCCCGCUGGGGAAUAUGCUGGUUGGAUUUUGAAGCUCUGAUCAUCGCCAUAUCCGUGGUUGGAGGCAUCAUUAUUUUGUCUGUGGUGAUUUGCUGUUGCUGCUGUUGUCGGAAAAAGAAGAACAGAAACACCACCUUGGAGACUGAGAAAAGGAUGAGAGAAAGCGAAGAGAGAAAGGCUCGCCAAGAAGAAAGGAGGGCUAAUAUGAAGACACAACAUGAUGCAAUAAGGAAGAAAUAUGGUUUGUUUAAAGAUGAUAAUCCUUAUGCGAAGUUCCAGGAAUGA